UUCGUAGCGUCGUGGUUGCGCUGAAAAUUCCCCAGAGCAGGACAGCCGCCUGAAAACCCCAAGCAAAAGAAGCCCCUUUCCUCCUCCGCCGCCGCCGCCGCUUCUGCCGCCAUGGCCGACGAGCUGGACGAGCUCAUCGAGUUCCUCUCCAACGGCUCCCCUCAGGUGCGCGGCGCCGCGGCGGACAUCGUGCGGGGGCUCACGGGGGACAGCGACGGGCUGCGGUCCCUCGCGGCGCGCGCCGACCGCGCGCUGCCGGCGCUGCUCCGGCUGCUCGCAUCCGUGGGGGCCGGCUGCGCGGGCGAGGCGGCGGCUGACUCGCUCGUCAACCUCAGCCAGGACGGCGACCUUGCCGCGCGCCUCGUGGUGCUCGGAGCCGUCGCGGCCGCCAUGGACGUGAUGGUCAAGCGCGGCGGCGAGCAGCCCAAGCUCGCGCGCAGCCUUGUCAUGCUGCUCGUCAACCUCACCCAGGUCGAGUCCGGCAUCUCGGCCCUCCUCCAGGUUGGUGAUGAAAAGGUGCAAGGGUUGUAUGUUGCAAAGCUUGUGCGCUCAUUCUGCAGGUCAUCCUGUGACUCUGAAGAUGAAGAUAUAUUUGAACACAUUGCCUCUAUACUUGUGAAUAUCUCAAAGGUCGAAGCUGGACGGAGAAUACUGAUGGAACCUAAGAGAGGUCUUCUAAAGCAGAUUAUAGGACAAUUUGAUUCAACAAAUCAACUUAGAAAGAAAGGGGUUGCUGGCACCAUCCGUAACUGUUGCUUUGAAGCUGAUACCCAGAUACAAAAUUUGCUUUCUAUAGCAGAAUAUCUUUGGCCAGCUCUACUUUUGCCAGUAGCUGGAAAGAAGAUCUAUAGCGAAGAAGAUAGAUCGAAAAUGCCUCCCGAGCUUGCAAAUGCACUUUCUCAUGAACGGGAAGCUGUUGAUGAUUCCGAGAUUCGUGAACGGGCACUAGAGGCUAUUUAUAUGAUCGUGAUGCAGGAUGAUGGACGAAAGGCCUUUUGGUCAGUCAAUGGGCCACGGAUACUGCAGGUUGGUUAUGAAGACGAAGAGGACUUGAAAGUGAUGGGCGCAUAUGAGUUGAUUGGUUCUUUGGUAUUGCCACUGAACUUUGGAAUGUCUAUAUUUACUGUACUGCACGUACUAAUGAAUUCUUUGCUUUUAGAAUAGCAUAUUUUGUUUCUUUGCUCCUUCAGUCUUCCUAAUGUUCAAUUCAGCAUGUAGAAUAACUUUUGGCCAUUAUAAAUUAUGAAAUCGAUUUCAGCAUUCCUUCACAUGAUUCUGUUCAAGGGUACUCCUACCAUUUCUUGGGAAAAUGUAUUUUUUUUUGCUCAAGUUCUUUAUUUUUACAAGUGAUAUUUGUGAAAGGGGGCGCCAGGGUGUACCUAGUGUAAAGUAGCUAUUUGGUUAAACUGUUGUUAACUUUGAUUAUAAGUUUUGCCUGCACUGUUAGUUUUUGGAAUUGCUGGUCCAUGGACCUGAAGCAUUUGACCAAACUCGAUUUUAAUUUGGUAGAGAAGAAACUAGAGACAGAACAAUGGAACACUAUUCCCAUGUAUAUUCCCCCCUUUUCUGUUCUAUAGUUGCAUGUGACCAUAAAUUUUGAGGAGUAACAGCCCACAUCCAUCAAUAUUUUGAGAUUUAUUUUAGAAGCCUACAUACAAAGUUGAAACAUGUUUAUGCAAAGCAAUACGUAGUUUCUGAUGCAUCAGUACCAUUUGAAAAUUUUCUGGAACUGUAUUUCUUAGAUCCCUAAUGUCCCUAAGUUCAUGCUAUAUUGUCCUUAAUCAUUCUUGUAAACCCAUUUUUGUUGUGCUUACAGCCUUGGUUUGAAAACUCAGACUGGGUAAGAGAACCAUCGUGUGUCCUGUUUGCUGGUUCACCCAACCGUUGGAACCAUGGCUCAUUCAUGUACUAAGCAUCAAAGCAUAACAGCCCCUCAGUAGGGUCCAUAGUUGUACUGGUUAUGCUGGCAGAAAUAAAUAUUCGAUGUUUUGGCCUUCUGCGCAUCCCUUGUUGUGCCAUUGACUAGUUCGAGCUGCUUAUCUCUCUAUAGAAUAUGAUUGCAACACUGAA